AUGGCUGAGAAACAGACCACACUCAGAGGUGUGAAGCUUGUUGAAAAUUGGAGACCCUGGGGCAGCAGAGAAGGGCAGGAGCGGAGGCUGGAACAGCAUGGCCUGGCAGAUGAUGUAAAGCAGUUCCUGUAUAAGAAGCUACCAAAUGUUGAAGGGUUUCAUGAUGUUGUAUCAGAUAGAGAUGGAAUACUUGUUGUGAAAAUGGCCAACGACAGUGCCCCAGAGCGUGCUUUGAGGCCUGGCUUGUCUGUUUUUGCUUUGGCAACAGACAAAGGAAGCAAACUGGGACUUUCAAAAAAUAAAAGCAUCAUCUGCUGCUACAAUACCUACGAGGUGGUUUGGUUCAAUCAUUUACCUUUGGUAGUGAGUUUCAUAGCCAGCAGCAAUGCAGGACUGAUUGUAAGCCUAGAAAAGGAACUUGCUCCACUAUUUGAAGAACUGAUAAAAGUUGUGGAAGUUUCUUAA